AUGGAGCCUCUUCGAAUCCUCCUCGUUGGCAACGGAGGCCGCGAACAUGCCCUCGCGUGGAAACUAAGUCAAUCUCCCCUUGUGGAAGCAAUUAUCGCUGUCCCUGGCAAUGGAGGUACGGCGACGUGCCUUAAAACCACCAACAACACAACUGUCGACGCCGAGGAUUUCCCUGCUCUCGUUGCCUUAUCUCAGAGAGAGAAAAUAAAUCUUGUUGUUCCUGGCCCCGAAGCUCCUUUGGUCAAGGGAAUUGAGGGCUAUUUUCGAGCUGCCAAUAUCCGGUGCUAUGGCCCAUCCGAGUCCGCCUCGCGCCUUGAGGGAAGCAAGGCUUUUUCGAAGGACUUCAUGAAGAAGCACAACAUCCCUACCGCUGCAUACGCGAACUUCGACAACUACGAUGAAGCCCGGAAAUAUAUUGACUCUGUUGAUUACGACGUUGUGCUCAAGGCCGAUGGCUUGGCGGGUGGCAAGGGAGUUCUCAUUCCCAAAGGCAAAGAAGAAGCGCAGGAAAAUCUGAAAACGAUCAUGGUCGAAGAGGCAUUUGGUUCAGCUGGGAAGAAUGUAGUAAUUGAGCAAUUCCUAGAAGGAGACGAACUCAGUAUCUUGAGUUUCUGCGAUGGCCGUACAAUGCAAUCACUCCCGCCAGCACAGGACCACAAGAGAAUACACGAUGGCGACAAAGGCCCAAAUACUGGUGGUAUGGGAUGUUAUGCCCCAACAUUAAUUGCAACCAAGGAACUGAUUGAGGAAAUCGAGAGGACCAUUCUUCAGCCCACACUUGAUGGUAUGAAAAAGGACGGAUUCCCCUUCAUCGGAACCCUUUUCACUGGCUUGAUGAUUACAAGGAGUGGACCCAAAACUCUUGAAUACAAUGUUAGAUUUGGGGAUCCCGAGACCCAGACUUUACUACCACUGAUGAGUAAAGAUACCGACCUGGCAGAGAUCAUGGUUGCAUGCACAGACAGUCGGCUUGAUGGGUUGUCCAUAAAGAUUGAUUCAAAGGCCAGCACAACAGUUGUAGUAGCAGCAGGUGGAUAUCCCGAUUCCUACGAAAAGGGGACGCCGAUGCAGGUUGGCACCCCACCCGCGGAUACAAACAUCUUCCAUGCUGGGACAAUCAUAAAAGAUGGCCAGCUCCAAACAUCUGGUGGCCGAGUUAUAGCCAGCCAAGCGACCGCAGAAAAUCUGGAGCAAGCAGUCAAGAAGGCAUACGAAGGAGUUAAGUGUAUUAGUUUCGACAAAAUGUACUACCGAAAGGAUAUUGCACACCGAGCGCUGAAACCUGCCGCUCUCACAUACGCUUCAGCUGGUGUUAGUAUUGAUGCUGGCAACCAAUUCGUGUCACGUAUCAAGGCAGCCGUUGCUGCGACCAGAAGGCCCGGUGCCGAUGCGAUUAUCGGCGGGUUUGGUGGAGAAUUCGACCUAGAGGCAGCAAACUAUACCAAGGCCCCUAUACUUGUUUCUGCCAUUGAUGGCGUAGGCACAAAACUGGCUAUUGCUCAAAUAAUGAACAAGCACGAUACCGUAGGAAUAGAUUUAGUGGCAAUGAACGUUAAUGAUUUGGUUGUUCAAGGCGCUGAAGCCCUUUACUUUACCGAUUAUUAUGGCUGCAGUAAAUUGGUGCUCGAGACAGCGGCAUCCUUUGUGGAAGGAGUAAGCGCAGGUUGUAUUCAGGCCAACUGUGCCCUUGUUGGUGGCGAGACGGCCGAGAUGCCGGGCAUGUACCAAAAGGAGGACUAUGAUGCUGCAGGCUGUGCCAACGGCGCCAUGUACAAGGAACACAGGCUACCAAAGACAGACACCAUGGUCGAGGGCGAUGUCCUCCUGGGUUUGGCCUCAAAUGGCGUACAUUCUAACGGGUUUUCCCUCGUCCGCAAAAUCGUUCAAAGGGAAAACAUUCAAUACACCGACCCUGCACCAUGGGACAAUUCCACAAGCGUUGGGUUGAGUCUAUUGACCCCUACGAGGAUAUAUGUUCGUUCCUUACUUCAAGUCACAAACAAACACCUUGUCAAAGGCUUAUCUCACAUCACUGGCGGUGGAUUGACAGAGAAUGUCCCACGGAUGCUGCCCGAGCAUCUUGCAGCAGAAAUCGAUGUCACAGCCUGGCAAUUACCUCCAGUAUUCAAGUGGCUGAAGCAGGCAGGUAAUGUUGCUGCUGCGGAAAUGGCCCGGACUUUCAACACUGGCGUAGGCAUGGUUGCUGUCGUCAGCAAGGAGAACGUCGCCCAAGUUGCAGAGGAAUUAGAGGCUGCAGGCGAGAAGGUGUAUAGGAUCGGAAGUCUUGUCCCUCGAUCCACAGAGGGUUGCAUCUUGGCAAAUCUUGCAUCCUGGGAUUAG